GAUUACUUGGGUAUUAGAAAAGAUUCAACAUGUUGAAUAAGAAGAAAGUGGGUCCACCGACACAUGUCAUUUUUUGAAGAUUUUUGAUUUUUUCAUUUCCUCUUACUUAUUUAAAAUCAAUAUUCACAUUAUAAAUUAAAUAUUUUAUUUUUAUAUUUUAUACGAAAAUUUAUCAUUUAAAAUUUUCUAUAAAUAGAAACUCGGUUAAUUUAAUUUGGAUAUAUAAAAAAAUAAUUAUUAAUUAGUAAAAUAGGGUGUUGAAUUUUAUUCAACAAAACCAUUGUAGUGUAUAAAAGUUGAAUGUGUGUUGAAUGAUUACAUGGAAGAAAGAGAAAAUGAGAUGAAAUGUUAAAAGAUGAAGUGGAGGGUUUAAAAUAUGAAAACCAUUGUAUAUGGUCUAAUAUUCUCGUUUACGUAACAAUAACGAGGUAAAAGAUUCCCACCAAAUGAGUUAAGAGCAUGAUUAACCCGGGGUUCUUAGUACGGGGUUCUUAGCGGAAGUUAAGAAACUGUGUUUUAACUUUUAACUAAAAAGACUAAGAACCGGUUUUUAAAUAAAGAAUUUAAGAACCGGUUUUUAACUUUUUUAGUUAAAAGUUAAGAAACAGUUUCUUAAUUUCCACUAAAAAAUCCACCGUAAGACCUACGGGUUAACAUUGUUCUAAUGGUAGUAGAAUAACAAAUAAGAUUUAAAGGACUUGUACGAUUAUAUAUUUUAUUAUUUAGCACAUGCACUCAACGACGACUUGAAGUCAAUGAAGAAAAGUAUCAAGAUCUAAAAGUAAGAACAACCUUCAAGGUUAACCAUUUGAGCCGACAGAUGAGCUCUUUCCCCUCAGUCUUACUUUCAUCUUUAUAAUAAACCACUGAUAUCUUUGUUACAACAUACUUCUUUCUUUUUUUCUUGGUUGCUACUAAUUGCUAUUGUUGAGAGAUGGAAGUAACAUGUUUGGGAGCAGAUGAAGCAUGGGACUUAUUCCGCGAGAAAGUUGGUGAAGUGACCUUAGAAAGUCACCCUGACAUCCCUGCGCUGGCGAGAAUAGUUGUUGAAAGAUGCAGAGGCUCACCACUGGCAGUUAGCGUUAUCGGCGUGGCUAUGGCAGGCAAGAGCUUGGUGCAAGAAUGGAGGUAUGCAGUCGACGCUUUGACUUUAUCUGCGGCUAAGUUUUCAGGUAUGGAAGAUGAGAUCCUUCCGGUUUUGAAGUUUAGCUACGAUAGUUUGAAGGAUGAGAGAGUGAAACUGUGUUUCCAAUAUUGUGCUUUAUUCCGUAAGGGUGAACACAUAUGGAAAGAUCAUUUGGUAGAGUAUUGGGUAGAUGAAGGCAUUAUAGAUGGGAAAGAAGAUAGAUACAGAGCAGAAGAGGAGUGCUACGAUAUAAUAAGAUACCUCGUUCGUGCUUGUCUAUUGGUUGAGCAUCAAUAUGGCAACGCAGUGACCAUGCCUAGCCUGGUUCGUGAGCUGGCCUUGUGGGUAGCAUCAAAUUUUGGGGAGGAGAAAGAAAACUUUAUUGUGAAACCCAAUGAAAAUCUUGGUGAAGUUCCAAAUGUCAAGGACUGGGGACAAGUGAGUAGGAUGUCAUUGUCGGAAAAUAAGAUCAAGAAAAUAAGUUGCAGUCCAGUUUGUCCUAAGCUUAGAACCCUGUUACUCGGGUCUAAUAACCUGGAGAAGAUCUCAAGUGGGUUCUUUAUGUGUAUGCCUAAUCUUGUGGUUUUGGAUCUAGCAGCAAACAUUGGCCUCAGAGAGCUACCUGAUGGGAUUUCUAGGCUCAUCUCUUUGCAGUAUCUCGACUUGUCACAUACAGAUAUAAAGCAACUGCCUCUAGCAAGUUUAAAAGAGUUGAAAAGGCUUCAACACCUGAACCUUGAGUUUACAGGCUUCCUCAAAGAAAUUUCUGGGAUAUCAAGUUUAUCUAACUUGCAAGUUUUGAAGCUCUAUGCUUCCUUUGAUUUAGAUAUCAAUCUCGUGGAGGAACUACAGCUUCUGAAGCAUUUAAAAGUCUUAACAGUCUCUGGAGGUGAUGCCUAUGUCUGGGAACAGUUGAUGAGUAAUCCUAGAUUAGCUAGUUGCACUCGCAAUAUGUAUUUUUACAAAUGUGAAGCAGGAGAAACUGGCAUAUCAAUUGCAGCGACUUCUAGUAGGCUUGAAGACCUUACAAUGCAUGAGUCGAACAUAAGAGAGAUAAAGAUUGAUCAGAGUAGUCCAAAAACCAUGUGCAACUUCCAGUACCUUGUCAAAGUGGAGAUAAGUGAAUGCCAAGGUCUGCUGGACUUGACGUGGUUGCUCUUUGCUCCGAAUCUUGGUUGGCUAGAUGUUAACGAAUCACCGCAAAUCGAAGAAAUAAUAAGCAAAGAGAAAGCUGCCAGGUUUAUGAAUGGUGAAGCAGAUGAGACUAUGAUGCCCUUUCUCAAUUUGAAACACCUUGAUUUAGCUUAUCUGGACCAACUGAGUAGCAUCUACUGGAGUCCUUUGUCUUUUCCAUGCCUAAUGAAAAUCAGUAUUUUCGGCUGUCCGAAUCUCUUGAGACUACCUCUUGGUUCCAGCAGCGCCAACGGCUGUAACCUUGUCAUUCAUGGAGAGGAAGAGUGGAUAGAGGAGCUUCAAUGGGACGAGGAAGAUACUAAGGAACAGUUCACCCUGAAAGGUCGGAAGAGUGAGCCUGUGGCUGCGUAUCCACAAAACCAGUCGGAGUUAGAAAUGUUGAGGAAGAGAGUAGUGGAUCUUGAAGAAGAGAACAGAUCAAUCAAACAACGGCUUGAGAGGAUAGAGAGGUUUUUAUGGCAGCAACAGCAACUGCAGCAGGCAAGGGCGCACCAGCAACCAACAACGGGCAUGCUUCCACCACAAACUGUAAUUCACCAACAGAGGCAAUCCCAAAGAACACCUCCAGACAUGCCAUCAAAAUUAGAUAAAUGAAAGAAAUAUACUUACCAGAUAUGAAUGCUAAAUACUAGAGAGCAAGUUGUAGAAGGAGUCUCAGAGCAGUUUGAGAAAUCGAAGAAGUUGAAGGCAAUGUGUUUCAAGGAGUGGAUAGCAGGAGGACCAGAUUACACGUUUCUUGAAUAUGAAAAGCCAAGCCAGACAACAUUCAAUAUCAAUUUCAUUAAAUAAGAAGAAACUUUAUGUUCAUUUUCCGUUAAGUGUUGUUAUCUCUUUAAAUUGCUCUGUUUCUAGCAUGAUUCUGUCAAGUUGUGAUACGAUAUGAACACAAAUGCUUUCUUUCUUGAUUUGUGUAUGGUUUUCUGCAGCAUUUCUCAUCUAUAUGCUGCACCAUGAACAUUAGCUUUGAGAAUAA